AAGAAGAAGGAGAAGAAGCAGAAGCAGAAGAAGUAAGUCGUGAGUAAGCAGCAGACGGACUCAGCCUCCUUUUUAAUAUCCUCGCUGCUACUCCGGUUAAAGAAAUACGGAGCAUCACAUCAAACACACAGCCAGAGGGGCAAGAGGAAGGCUCAGCCGCUCCGUUAGCCAUCUGUCCAAGUUUCUGCAGAAGCCAGCGACUGCGAUACACACGGUCAUCUCACUGGGCAGCAGGCGACAUGGCCCAGGAGACCAAUCAGACCCCAGUUCCUAUGCUCUGUCCCACUGGCUGUGGUUUCUAUGGCAACCCCAGGACCAAUGGCAUGUGCUCAGUCUGUCAUAAGGAGCACCUGUCAAGACAGAACAACAGUGGAGUCAGUUCCUUGAGUGCAGUUGGUGGUAGUGGCGUGUCCAGUGGCACGACAGCUGAGGCUUCUGCCAUCCAGAGAUUGGAGGCCUUGAACGAAGCCGUUGCUGCUGCAGAGGUGACUGCCAUGGUCAAUGCUGAAGUUGAGGCUAUUUACGCUCAAGCUGCCAGUGGAGUUUCAUCGUCCCUUUCUGUAACCCAACAAAUGGCAGAGAUGAACCUCGCUAGUGAGGAGAAGGGAGCAUCAGCCAGCAAAGUGGAGCUCACAGAGCCUGUGGUUAGUCAGCCUACAGCCUCAACAUCCCAGCCCAGCACUGCUGACAGCGACGAGUCCAAAACCCCACAGCCCCCUAAACCCAAGAAGAAUCGCUGCUUUACGUGCCGCAAAAAGAUCGGCCUUACAGGUUUUGACUGCCGCUGUGGGAAUAUGUUCUGUUUCGCUCACCGUUACUCAGAUAAGCACAACUGUCCGUACGACUACAAAGCCGAGGCUGCUGCCAAGAUCCGCAAAGAGAACCCUGUGGUUGUCGCUGAGAAGAUCCAGAGAAUAUGAAAAUUGGACCCUCGGUUUGAUGAUUCGUUCUGGGACUGAUUAGGCUUUAAAAAUUGACCAGCCCGAUCUGCAUUUUGAAGGAAUUAUUAUCAUUACCAUUUUUGAGACUUUUUCUCUUCCAUUUUUGUCUCUGUCUUAGCUAAAAACAUUUACAGCGCUGGCAGUUGAUAAACAUAAAUGUGAGGGAUGUCGGAGGGGACUCGAAGUGGUUGCGCUCCGCCGGUGCAAUCAGCGAUUCCGUUCAGCCUCGCUGGCUUGUCAGACGGUGUCCUGGUUUGCUCUCGGGGUUUGUGUUAACAACCUGAAAUGCUUCUCGGUGCUCCUGGGAUCUUGCCCUUGCUCCUCAAACACACGGCUUAGACAACAUGAUAAAAGAACUUGGAUGCUAGCGUUUUGUUGCUGGCUCGUUCUUCCUUUCCUUCUGCUGUGUGUUGGGCACUAGAAACAUGGCGUAGGUUGACAGGCUAGAUUUUUUUCCCUCUGUGGAUCUAGGGCUAAAUGCUGUGAUGCGCUUUGUACCCAGGAGUCUGGAUGGCAGGAGCUGUGCCUGUUGACGUCCUGCUACUGGGGUCGACGACCUUUCAACCAUCCACUGAAUACAUGUCAUCUGACAAUUUUGAGGACUCUUGUUAUUUUAUGCUUUUUGUGUUCUUUGUUUUUAAGAAGAUGUUGAGAAUAUGGGUUGCUGUAUGACAAUUAGCCUGAACUUGUAUUAAUUUUUGCCUUUGGAAGGGUUAGCUCCACUAAUAUGAAUCUUGUACUUUGUUACUGAAUGUUUGUUUUGUUUUUUUUAUUAUUAUUUUUUUCUUUUUAAGAGAGUUGGUUGUGAUGAUGGGAGUGUUACAUUUUGUGUAUCAAACGCAAGUGUUUUUAUGAUGGACAGUUUCUCAGUGUUGUGCAAGACUAAGGCCCCGUUUACAACUCGCAUUAAAAUGCAAUGUGUAUCAGGAUAUGUUGCCCAUAUGAGGAAAAAAAAACCCAUAUUAAUACAAGGUGUAAGUACACAUUGUGAUCGGUAUUCAAUCAAAUAUGAUCUGAUCUCCUCCAGGUGUAAAUGCAGUCCGUACAGCUGAGACACAUUCAGUUGAUAAAAUCCGCCCAUAAGUUGAAAGUGUCUUGUCCUCCUGUGGCCUGUAGCAGACAUGGGACGGGUUCCAGAAAUAAGGGGGGACAUGGGGAGGUCCCCCGCAUCCCUCAUGUCUCCCUCACUUUAUUCCAUCCACAAAACGUUAUGGUCAGUCCAGUCAGUUUUUUUUUUUUUUGGUUUUUUUUUUUUUGUAGAGAUGUAGCAAAAUUCUUUUCUUCUUUCUUUCUUCUUUUAGAGAGAGAGAGCUCAUACUUCUAUGAUAGUUAAAAUAAAAUGGACCUCAGUCAGGAUGAAUUGUAACAAUGUCCAAUAAUGAUCUUUUAUCACCUUUUUGCUUUGUGGUGUUUGCAGGAAAGUAGGAGUGAUUUGCCUCAGUAAUCCAUCCUAAUAACAGGCCUGGGGGAAAAAAAAAAAAAAAAAAAAAAAAAAAACAGGCAUCAGGGUUGUUUUUGUAGGUUUUGCUUUCCUGGCUCUCAAA